CGCUUUCCAAUUCCCCAGACAAUAUUCACCAAGCCCCAGUUCGAUAACUUACACUUGGGAAUCGACAGAUUCUGUGCCUCCUUAAGCACAAUCUCCCCCAUCCAGCAAUUAUUACAACACAUAUCACCAACCAUGUCUGACCAAUUCCAAGAGAUCUUGGAUAUUCCAAAGGACUUCGUGAAGGAUGGCACCAUGUUCAUCAACCGCUGCACAAAGCCGGACCGCCGCGAGUUCACUCAGAUCUCGAGAGCUGUUGGCAUUGGUUUCAUUGUGAUGGGUGCUCUUGGUUACGUUAUUAAGCUGAUUCAUAUUCCUGUGAACAACAUUCUUGUUGGCGGUGCUUAAAUAUUUAACUGGGUGAAAGGAGUGUAAUUGGGUGGUGAAGGGAACAGCAUUAUAAGGCCCCUCGAAGGAGCUUCGAAACGGAUUCUUUGUAUCAUAGGCGCGGACAUAUACAGGCUCAUGGGCGCAACACUUUGUUAAAGCUCGGCGUAUUGAGUUCGGGAAAUGAAGACAACAAGCAGUUCUGCUACCAAUCUUGCUUUUAUGAUUCGAGUCUUGAAUAUCCAUAUGCGCCCAAACCGUCCAACAACACCGAGAUAAUACCAAUGCCAAUACACCGCUCCAAGCAGAUGCGCAUAGGCCAUUGGAAAUGGUCAUGCCUGGAUAUUUCAUGGUGUAGAGUCCCGCAGACUAAGU